AUGUCGGAACACGGUGAAAGCGAUUUGGACGCGACGGAGGAGAUUAACGUUGACGAUUCUGAUUCGAGAAGUAGUAGUCCACGAAAUUAUACUAAUCACGAGGAUCGAGGAAUGAAUAUCGUUGUACAGGAGACAUCGGAAUGUUCGAAUUCGCCGCCACCGAGUCAGACCAGUUCGAGGACUGUUCAAAACGAAUCACCACGGAGUCAUCCAUUCAGUAUAAGUCGUUUAUUGGGGGAAAGUCAAAGACAAAAAACUAAAAGUUCGUCGGAAGAGGAAGUUGACAGUGAUAAGGAAAGGAAAUGCAUUAGCCAUCGGGGUAGCUCGUCGAAUACGUUGGACGAUGGCCGACGUUCUUGGGGUCAUGAACUCGAAGAAAAAAUGUCGGAGAAGGACGACGACGAUACCGGGAGCACUGCGGAAACGCAAACGACAAAUUCCACGUCUUCGAUUCACUGCACGACUGCAGCCGAUCUUCUUGCUCCCUUCAGAUUAUUUCCAACCGGUUCGAGUCUUAUCUAUACCGGCGGCGGCGUCAUAAGGGUGCCUGCACACCGACCACCCGGUGCCAAUGGUACACCAACCGGUGCCAUACCAGCACAAGCUCUAAUACCACCAUGGAGCUUGCAAGCUCUUCAACAUAGUCAGCAACAGGCAGCAGCGGCUGGUUUGCAUAGGGCGAGUUUACUUGCCAAUUUGGCUGCUCACCCUUUACAAGCUCAUCCACAUCUUAAGGACAGAUUGGCAGUAGCUGGAGCAUUUCCAAGAAGAAUCGGUCAUCCCUAUCAAAACAGGACCCCGCCAAAGAGAAAGAAACCAAGAACGAGCUUCACAAGGAUACAGAUCGCUGAAUUGGAGAAACGUUUUCAUAAACAGAAGUAUCUCGCGUCAGCUGAAAGAGCAGCAUUAGCCAAGUCCUUGAAGAUGACGGAUGCUCAAGUUAAAACGUGGUUCCAAAAUAGGCGGACGAAAUGGAGGAGACAAACAGCGGAAGAAAGGGAAGCGGAGAGACAAGCAGCUAAUCGAUUGAUGCUGUCACUGCAAGCAGAGGCUCUCAAUAAAGUAGCUUACCCAACAACAGUGUCGAGUCAUCCAGGUGGUAAUACGGUUCCUGGUUUGGACAGGCAACAACCACCAACAGCAUUGGCACAUCCAGUGGGCCAGUGGGCCUCGCCUUAUGGGCCUCCUCAGCCUCUUGCCGAACCGAUUUGCUGAACCGUGCCGAUUCUAGUGAAUCGGGGGACACUCGUCCGGUGGUCUUAAACAACCAAACAACCAACAACUAUGACUACGUCUUAUCGUCUUUCUCGCCACGAUUAUAUUAGCUUCUUCGAACUUACAUUCGUUCGAUUAACGGGGAUACAAUUUUUUAAUGGGGAAGUAUAUUAUAAAUACAGAAAAAACAAAGAUAACAUUAUUCGGAUAAGGUUUUUCACCAUGAACGACAACGACGACGAUGAUUCAAAUUGUUUUGGUAUUUUUUUUUUAUAAGCUCGUUUUCUUUCUUUCCAAUUGAUUCGCAGAAAUCUACUUUAUCGAUCGAGUUAUU